CUGCAACGGUGCUUGAAGCGUGUUUUUGUAUCAACCGCGAAGCAAUGGACGCCGCCACGGACUCGGAUGCGAUGCUCGAGGCGUACGAAGCGACGCUGUACGCCGGCAAGUCGGCCGACGAGGUCGACGCCAUCAAGACGCGCAAGAAGCACGCAACGACAAUCGCGGUCUGCCAAGCGAUGCUGCUCCAGGAGACUUGGCUCCAGGACCCGUCCAUCUCGGAGCGCGAGAUCUACCUCUGCUACGCGACCGCGCUCGAGGGCCUGCACCGGCGCUACGAAGCCAUCGAGGUGCUAUCCAAUGCAAUCGACAUGUACUUUGCACACGACCCGUCGCUGCUGCUUGCGCUCGGUCGACUGCAAUUCAAGGCCGGCCACUACGACGACGCGCUGCAGCUGUGCGUGGCCGUGACCGAAAUAUUUGCCAACGACCCAGCGGCUUGCGACGUCGACACGGCCGCGGACGCCUACCACCUCGCAGGCUGGGUCAAGAUCCACGGUGACGACCACACGCGCGCCUACAAGCUCUGGAGCGACGGCAGCCAAGCGAUCCCGUCGUGCCCCGUCCUUGCGCGCCAGCACCGAAAGCGCCAGUGCUGGGACGAUGCGGCGGUGCACGAAGAGCUUCUGCCUGGCCUCGUCGGCGACGGCGCGCUGCCGCCAUUUGCAGUGCAAGGGUUUGAAGCGGCGCCGACGCCUGCCCACGCCAUCUUUGACGCCAAUGCGCAAGCCGGUCAGCUCGUGUUUCGCUCGCAGUCGCCGCUCUUGACGCGCAGCGAGUGCGACCACGUGCUUGCGCUCGUGCAUGCGCACCAUGAGACGAUCCUCGGUGGCGUCUGGGGCACCGUGCGGCACUCGAGCGUCAAGACGACAGACGUGGCCGUCGAAGACAUACCGGCGCUGCGCCCGUGGCUCCGCACGCUGCUCGCAACGCGCGUGUAUCCGUUCUUAUCGACGUGCUUUCCGAUGUUGGCCGAUGGGUCGAGCAUGGUCGACCCGAUGACGCAAUCGAGUCGGUGCCGCGUGCACGAUGCGUUCAUCGUCCGCUACGACGCCGAGCGGGAUGGGUCGCUGAGUCUCCCCGAGCACAACGACACGAGUGUCACGAGCGUCGUCAUUACGCUCAACGACACCUUUGUCGGCGGCGGCACGUGGUUCGAAGCGCUCGACCAGGUGGUGGACGCUGGCGUUGGCCACGCGGUCGCCUUUGCCGGCCCGCUCCGGCACGCAGGGUACGCGAUCUCGAAAGGCACGCGCAUGAUCCUCGUGCUCUUUCUCUACGUAAAUGACUUUGCGUACGGGACGUACCUGGACAACUACGCCGAGAACGCACCGCGCAGCACGCAGACGACGCCGUCCGGCGACGCGCCUGGAGGCUUUGUCGUCUAUAAUCAAACCGUCGAGCUCGUGAAUACGCUUAACCAAGGCACCACCAUGGACCUCAGCGCCUAGAGCACACUACCUACUUGCGCGUUCCAAUAGACUUGUUGUGCAUACAUAUUGCAUCC